AUGACACCCUCUCAAUUUGACCUCCUCGUGAAGCGUAUGAUAGCUGUGAAUACGCCCAAAGUAGUGGUUCUUCUGGUCCUCUUGGUUUGGUGGCUUGACAUUCCCAAACAUCAUGAUGCACCUUACCAAGUAAUAGAAUAUUUUGCUGGUGUGGGACGAAUUGCUGCCUUGGCAAAACUUUGCGGAUUUACCACUGCCGCGGUGGACAUCGACUAUUCCAGGGAAUGGGGUAAAAGGAUGGGUCGGCGGCCACCUAUGGAUUUGAAUGGCAACGCUGGCCUGGUGUUAUGCAUACAUUUGCUAUUGUCUUCGGAAUGGGAAGCUGUAGCGGCCUUCCUAGCAAUAGUAUGUUCAUCAUUUGUGCCAGUGAACCGUGGAAGCACUUGGCGAAGUAUUCUUACACCUCUUGGAAACGAAGAAUUUGUGGGAGUCAGACGUGGGAACAAACUUGUAGCAAGAAGCGUUAUUUUGAUGCUGAUCACCUACUUAGCGAAUGGUGUAUUCCUGGUAGAAAACCCGGGCAACUCCCUGAUUGCCUUCCAUCCUCGGUGGGUUUGGUUUCUAGAGCAGCUCCGGAAGCACGGCGUGGAGAUACAAAAAGUGGCUUUUUGGAUGAGAAAAUAUGGAUGCAAUUCAUGGAAAAGAACAUGGCUAUGGGCCAACUCAAACCGUAUAGCAGCUCUUGAUCGGGGACCUUUGACAGCUACUGAAAAGUCCACGGCUCGUCCAACCACAACCCGUUACAAGAACAAGUCUGGAGAGACAAAGUUCAAGGGCAAUUCCAGCCUUAAAGGCUCUCAGAAGUAUACCUACAAGUAUGCUGCCAAGCUGAUAACACUAUUACCGGACUUCCGGUCUGAUGCAAGAGGGCGGCCCUUUGCUGUGUCUUCAGAGCCACUACAGGAGCAAUUUGCGGCAAUGUCUUAUGAUGAUGAGGGCAAAGCAUGGGAACAAGAAGCGGAUCUUAGGGAUGUAAUUCAAUACGUCAGAGGGGCCAAAAAACUCAUCAUUCCUCUGCUUUCUAGGGUUUUUAGCACAGAGACUUUAGCUGCAGGGCUUCAGUUGGUAAAAACUGAAGCGGGUAUGUCGGAUCUUAGUGACCUGAACCUUCAAGAACUUGAAGCGGAACUUCGUGAACUGGAGGCCGGUCAUGUUGACCUGCUACAAUUUGUUGACCUGCUGAUGUUUUGGUAUCCCUUGUUCCACCCAUUACCUUGGGCCAUUCCGUUUCAUAUACCUUUGUCCGUAUAG